AGCCAAUUUAAUGUAUUGUUCUAAUGAGAGCUCCACCGAAGGUUGCUAUUGUGAGCACAAAGUGAACGACACAUAUUACGUCACAUGCCGAUUUGAAGCCCAAAAAGCUUUAAGCGAAGCCAAGAUUCGCGGAAAGUUAAGCAACGUGAACGGUAUUCACAAACACAGUGAUCCUCAAAGAUUUCCCAUUAUAUAUGACCUAGAGUCAAUGACUGUGUAUGCUAAUGAACAGAAGAUAAUAAAGGACAAAUGUGAAAUCACACUGAAUUCAAAAGUACGUCAGAUCCAUGUAGUUUGUGACCAUGCACCUCCUCCAUGUAAGUUGUCGGUGUCAAGCGAUGGGAAGCUUUUAGCUACAGGAGAAAACAGCGUACAUGUGACAGAGAUAACAUCGGAUUCAUUUACAGUGGAAUGCAAUGUUUGCAACACUUAUAUCCCAAUCUUCUGCAAAGCGAAUUAUGUGUUUAUGGAAAAAUCAACAAAAGGGAUAGGUGUUCCUUCAGGUGGAACUGGCCAAGCUUGUGAUGCUUUAAUCUUGUGCCAACUUGUUUGUUUCUUUCUAUUCCGUUACUUCAGAAGAUGAAAAAUCAUCUCAAAAUGAAUAAAAGUGUCAUUGUUUAGGUUGAAGAGUUCUUUACACAAUUCGAUUCAGAGCUACACACAAAAAAAAAACAUUUGAUGAAGCUAAAUUACUUUAAUGAGUUUAUACUAUACCUCUUAUGAGUUGAUUAAACUCCAAAGUACGUUAGAUGAUAAAAGUCAAAGUAAGGCCACCCACCAUAGUCACGACAGAAAACGGGUAAAUUGAUAUGUAUUAAUAGGAA